UGUACAGCUGCUGUAAAUCGGGCGUGGGGGAGCAGACGUGAGGCUAGGAAGUCUGUGAAACCUGCAGCUGUCGGAAGCGCAGGAUAGUCAUGGAUAAACCCGAAAACCCCCCACAGUAGGAUCGACCAGGCCGCUCCCGAGCCGGAGGACAGGCAGAGAAAACUUUGUAUACCGCCGCUGCAGAGACCGAGACGGCGUAGGGCUUCCUCCGGUCCCUCCCUGCUGGACGAAAUGUGGCUGAACCCGGAGGAAGUUCUCCUGAAAAACGCUUUGAAGCUUUGGGUGACCGAGAGGAGCAACGACUUCUUUCUCCUGCAGAGGAGGAGAGGUCACGGAGAGUCGACAGGCAGGAUCACAGGUCUCCUAGUGGGAGCAUUGGACACGGUACUGGAUUCAAAUGCCAGGGUCACACCCUUCCGCAUCCUCCUCCAGGUUCCUGGCUCCCAGAUCAGCUGGGUAAUUGCCAGCGGAGCUGCCAUAGAGGAGGUGAACAAGCACUGGGACUGGCUGGUCCACAACCUGCUUCACUCUCUGUCUGUGUUUGAGAACAAGGAGGAUGUUGCAAGCUUUGUCAAAGGAAAAGUCAAGGGCCUCAUCGCAGAGGAGGUUCGGGGCCGACAGGCUGCCCAGGAGGAGGACCCGGAGAAGUUCAGGGAGGCACUGCUAAAGUUUGAGCUGCACUUUGGCCUUCCAUCAUCAGAGAAAUUGGUGACAUACUAUUCCUGCUGCUGCUGGAAGGGCCGGGUGCCUCGUCAGGGCUUCCUUUACCUCAGCAUCAACCAUAUGGCCUUCUACUCCUUCCUGCUGGGGAAGGAAGUGAAAUUUGUCAUUCCCUGGGCAGAAGUGACACGGUUGGAGCGGGUCUCCACCGGUCUCAUGACAGAGGCGAUCCGGGUCAACACACGGCAGCGGCAGAGGGAAUUCUCCAUGUUCCUGAACCUGGAUGAGGCGUUUAGGGUCAUAGGUCAGCUGGCUGACAUUGCCCUCAGGCGGCUGCUGGACAGCGAAGGCUUGGAGCUGGACAGAGUCCUGCAGCAGCCAGCACGCAUUAACAAGAGGAUCUUAGAGGAGCAGGCAUUAAGAGAGUACGUCCUGGCUCUGUUUCGGCUCCCUCAUGGUGAAAGACUCCAUGAAGUGGCCUCCUGUUCGGUGUGGACACCACAUGCCCGCUGCCAUACAGCCGGGACUCUCUACACUACGGACAGCUACCUGUGCUUCUCCAGCCGAGAGGAAGGCAACUGCACCCUGCUCAUACCCCUCUCAGAGGUGUUAUCCAUAGAAAAAGCCGAGAACACAAGCCUGCUUCCUAACCCUGUCAUAGUGAGCAUUCGGACUAAGAAGGCUUUCCAGCUGAUCGAGCUGCAUGACAGAGAUGAGCUGGUGGAGAGCCUGAACUCCAGACUCAGAUCCCUGCAGUGGAAGCAGUCUAUGUUCCGCAGCAAGAAAGACGGCAAGAGGAGUAUGAGGUCCCCAACACCCUACUACACCUUCUACUACGACACUGGGUAUUCUGAUGAAGAAGACAUAGAGGAACAGGUUCUGCGCAACACCGUCAACAGUGAGGCACUGAUGACAGCCUUCCACCAAAACCAACCAGGAACAAAUGGCAACAAGAGCAUGGAGCAGGUGAAGGAGCGGCUGUGGGAGGAUCAUUUCUCAGAGUUUGGUCGCGGUGUCCACAUGUUUCGCACAGAGAAGAUCCAGAGACUUGUCGCCAUGGGGAUACCAGAGUCACUGCGAGGGGAGCUGUGGAUGACACUUUCUGAUGCAUCCUCAGAACUAGAGUCUCAUCAGGGCUACUACACCAGCCUGGUGCAGAAGUCGAUGGGCCACAGCAACCUCGCCACAGAGGAGAUCGAGCGGGACCUUCACCGCUCCCUCCCAGACCAUCCUGCUUUCCAAAACCCCACUGGCAUCGCAGCUCUCAGGCGUGUCCUCACUGCCUACGCUCAUCGCAACCCAAAGAUUGGAUACUGUCAGUCUAUGAACAUCCUGGCGUCUGUGCUGCUGCUGUAUGCCAAAGAAGAAGAAGCCUUCUGGCUGCUGGUGGCUGUUUGUGAGAGGAUGUUGCCGGACUACUUCAACCGCAGAGUCAUAGGAGCUCAAGUGGACCAGUCUGUGUUUGAGGAGCUGAUCAGGGAGCGUUUGCCAGAGCUGGCUGAACAUGUCCCAGAUCUCUCCUCCCUCUCCUCCGUCUCCCUUUCUUGGUUCCUCACCCUCUUCCUCAGUGUCCUACCCUUCCACAGUGCCGUCUGCGUGGUUGACUGCUUCUUUUUCCAUGGAAUCAAAGCCAUCUUCCAGCUGGGUUUGGCUGUGCUGGAGGCCAACGCUGCUCAGCUCUCUACCAGCACAGAUGAUGGACAGGCACUUAUGAUUCUCACAAGUUUUCUGGAUCAGGUUGGAAGUGAAGAGUCGUCUCGUCCUCCGUCGUCCCCACCUGCUGCAGAGGAGGGCAGCAGCAGCAACGCUGAUCUUCCCACUGUUGGACACACAAACAUCACCAACCUCAUCAAUGAGUCCUACGAGAAAUUUGGAGACCUGACAGUGCGGCAGAUUGAGAGGCUUCGCUGUCGACACAGAAUCCAAGUGCUGCAGGCUCAUGAAGAUACCACCAAAGAAAACAGUCUGAGAUUGGUGACUCCAGAUGUUUCCAUCCCUCCAGAGAACUUGGCUGAUGUCUAUGACCUCUUCAAGACUGAGCACUUCAUAACUCUGUACUGGGGUGACAGUAGCUCAGCAGCAGCGGCAGAGGCGGCAGCAUGGCAUUACAGUGACUCUGGUCGCUCCUACAUGGAGCGGCAGUACCGGCUGGACCGGCCCCAGUUCAAGAGCCUGUAUGGGCUGCUGGUACCGUGGCCUGGUGGCUCAAACCAGCACACUGACACCAUGGCCAACCGCACCUUCACCCUGCUGGACCAGGACCAUGACAACCUGGUCACCUUUAGAGAGUUUGCUGGCUGGCUGGACACUUUAUACUGUGAAGAGCUAAAUGAGAAAAUAAGACUGCUUUAUCGGCUCCACAUCCCACCAGCUCUGACAGAAAGUGAAGAUGACCCUGCUCUGAUAAAGAGCCCUCUGCUGUCCAGCAACAGACCCCUCUAUGUUAAUCUGCCCUCUGAAAAUCUGGCCACGACUGUUGUUCCAGGUGUUGAAAGUGAAGUGAAAGAUUACCAGGAGCAGCUGAAGCAGAUGCUGCAGGAUCUGGCCAAAGAAAAGGAGAAGGAUGUGGAGAAGCCUCUGCCAUUCAUGACCCAGCGAGAGUUCAUCCAGUUCUGUAAAACUCUCUACAGCAUGUUCCAUGGCGACCCGGAAGAGAACGACCUUUUCCAGGCCAUCGCUACAGUUACCAGUCUCGUGCUGCAGAUCGGCGAGGCAGGCCAUCGUGGACACAGCUCAGGGUCAGAGGUUACAGGCCAAGAAGAGGUGAAAGGAGCACAACCCUCACAGAUGACUGCUGAAGGAAGUGGGUCUGAGGCCAGUAGGGAAGGCGACGUGAGUUCCAUGGCAGAGAGGGAGUGGACGGUCAGUUACGCUCAGAUCCUGGCAUCACUGCUGACUGAACAGUCGCUGGUUAACUUCUUCGAGAAGCCAGUGGAUCUCUCUGCAAAAAUCACAGAGGCCAAGGAGAAGCAGUACCACCAGCGGGCAGGUUUGCUUACACUGCAGCAAGGGACCAGCUGAUGUGAACAAUGGACCUCUGAGCCACAGCAAAAGCCAAAUUUCUCAUGAAGAAAACCAGACCAUCAGUAUCAUUUGACAGAAUGUGACAGAACAUAGUGGCUUCAAAUUCAGAAGCUAACCAGGAAGCUAAAGAGCCUUAAAUUUAUCGGUGACAUUUAAUAAAUCAAUAGUACGACUGUCUUGCAACACAAGAGCCUGUGACACCCUGAUUGACUUCUGCCUGUAAUUGACAAUAUAUUGAGCCACAGAGACAGAUUUCAAGCUCCAGAUCUGAGCAGCAGCACAAGUAAUGACCAUGGUCAUUUUGUGCAAUGGACAUUGACAAAUUAUAAUUAUUGCCUUCUGAAGUCACCAUGAGGAUGCCUGCAAUUAAAAAAAUCUGUACCUACUUUCAGUUAUUAGGCACCCCUGAUAAAGUGUUUACAACUUGUGGCUAAUAUUAAAAGUUAAUAAAGAAUUUACUAAUGCUUUUAUAGAUUAGUUACAAGCCAUUCAUUUGAUUGUGAAACAUCACUGGUGAGUCAUUAAGUCAAAUCAUAAUAGUGUAAUUAAUAAAGGGUGUUUCACUUUCUAAUAAGCCAUGAAGUCUGUUGUCAUAAAGCUUUCCCACUUCAUAUUAAACCAAUGGCCAAAAAUAGUAAACUGCUGUUUAAAAUGUGAAGGAUUUUUACCACCAUCCAACAGAUAAAGGUCAAAAGUCAAACAGUCCGUGGGAGAGGGUAGCUGAUAAACUAGUUAAAAAGACAAGCAAGUGUCCUGCUGGAGGAGGAUAAAGGUUAAUAACUUGUCCAUAAAGUAUUAGUAUAUGAUACUCAUAAACCCUUUAUAAAGGCUGCCUUAUUAGAAGGUUGUAAUAGUAAUCAUUACAAACAAUAAUGCAGCAUUAAGGACAAAUCUAGCAUGUACUGAGGUUUUUUUUGUUUGUUGUUUGUUUUUUUGUUUUUACUGAUUUUUUUAACUUCUGUUUCUUUAAUAUCAAAUGUUUUCAUAUGCACGCACCUCAAUUAAAGAUAUUUUUAAAGCUUUUUAAGAACACUGGAAAAUAACCUACAGUGGUAUAAAACAGUCACAGAAAGUAGAAAAAAGGCAAAAUUGAUGGAAUUGUCUUUCAAAUAAAACACAUUGCAUAAAGACA